UUUAACUCAGGGUUGUGCGCGUCCACGCCAAACCUAUAAAGACGCGAUGUAUGGAUCAUGGAAACCCUGAUCGAAAUGGCGAAACGGGCCGCUUAUUUCAAUGAAAUGGAACUCCAGGUUCAUUUCCAAGAAAGGGGAAUGCUAAAACCUCUGUAACCCAGAGAACCAAAGCCUGGCAGCGGAUCGCUGACCGCGUAAAUGCGUUAGUUAGGCUACAUGUCCAAAGCAUGAUCCUUAAUAUUUGAGGCAUGAAUCUAUUAAUAUCCCAGUGAAGCAUUCCCGUUCCUACCACAUAACCCUUUUCUUCUAAAAAAUAUGUACUCCGAUGGCUCCCAAGCGGUCAGCGGAUCAAGUAAAAAUAAAGUAUAAAAACAUACAAACUGGUAUUUUCCCACCAUCGUAUUGGUAUAUUUUGUCAGUCCAGCAUUUAAAUUGUCAUACCAUAUUUUUCACUCCUGCAUUUAAAUAAGCUCUCUUUUUUUUAAGCCAAUCGUAAAUACGGCGACAGUCGGCAGACAGGAUCUGGCCCUCAAAUUGUCUUGACCUCGGUGGAGGAGCUGGCAAUAGACAUAAAUUCAGGGCGCCCUGGCAUGGAGGGGGUACCUGGAGGUACCUCCUCAGAGAGUCAGGGGCCAUGUGAGGGUACCCCACUGGUUGAAUGGUUAUAACGCAGAAACGCAGCCGGAAUGGACUUCCCCGAGGACUUCAACCAGCUGGAGCUUCUGAAGACCCAUGGACACCUGAUCCCCCGUGGGGCCAGCAGCCUCUGGACCGGGGAGGGUGUCGCCGGGGAGGAAGAGGAGGAGGAGGAGGAAGAGGAGGAGGAGGAGGAGACUGAGCAGUGGCUCUGUCAGAAGGAGAAUUCGCUCCAGGACCGCCCUGAGGAGCUCAUGCUCUGGGCAGCGGAGAAGAACCGGCUGUCGACCCUCCGCUCCCUCCUCGCCGCCGACCCGUCGCUGGUACGUUGCCGUGACGCCGACGGCUACACGCCGCUGCACCGCGCGGCGUACGGGGGCCACGUGGAGGCCGCCGCCGCCCUGCUGGCCGCGGGGGCAGAGGUGGAAGGCCGCACGGCCGACGGCUGGACGCCGCUGCACAGCGCCUGCCGCUGGGGCUGCGUCGCCGUGGCAACCCUGCUGCUCCGGGGCGCGGGCGCUGACGUCAACGCGCGCACGGCGGGGGGGCUGACCCCGCUGCACCUGGCGGCCGCCCACGUCAGCCAGCCCCCCGUGGACUCGGCCCGCACGCUGGAGCUGCUGCUGGCCCAGCGCCGCCUGCGGCCGGAGCUCCGCAGCGGCAACGGGGAGACGGCCGCCCAGAUGGCGCGGCGCAGCGGGCCCCACUACUUCCUGUUCGAGAUGGCGGAGGAUUGCGUGAACGUGGCCGCGCCACCUUCCCUUCCCCCCACCCCCGCCCUGCUGAACUAGAGCUGACCUCAUUCGCACUCUAAAAGAACUCUGCUAGUGGGCCGCACACGCACACGCACACGCACAGAUAUACAGUCACAAACUGAAGGGCACAUUUGUGAAAUGUUUGGGAGACAAAUGUCUGACGGUUCAUUUCUAGGUGGAGUGCUGAGUCUACUGUGUUGUGACGUUAUGUAUGUUAUCUGUGUUAUGUGUGGAAUGGACACCAGAUCUCCUUCGUAACAGUUAACUGAUGCUAUAUCUUCACAUAAAUAAAGCUUGGUCUAAUUAUGUAUUCUUUUUACAAUUAAGACAAAUGGAAAUCUGUGGAAUAAAUAGGGAAACAAUGACUCUAAGUAGCAAACAGUCAUAAGCCAACGAAGAAACAAAAAAUCAUGGCCUGCCUACAGUGUUGGAUGGGGGUUGAGUUUUGGGACCAGGAGCGAUUUUUGUGUGAAAUCUUUAUUCUGGUCUUGUAAUCCAGCUCUCCCAGGCAGAGUUUAUUGUAUCAUUUCUAUCCGUGGCAUUUGGACAUUUUAAUUUAUAAAAUAAAUAUGAGAAAUGUUUUCUCUCUUCCUUUCAAAGUCUAAUAUUGCCUUACAAUUCUGCUACUAGAUUUUGAGUUAAAAGGGUUUCAGAUAUUCACUUUUCAAGAGAAAGGACUAAUCCUCAGUGGGAGGUCACCUUGUAUACCCAGCAAGAUUUCUGUACUCAACAGAGUUCAGAUGCCAUCAUUAUGUUGAAUCCACUGUCUGCCUCCUACACAUGUAUCUGCCCUACCAGCCAUGCUUGUGCAUUAGGUAAACCGCUACUUCCUUUGAGCUGUUCUCUGAAACAGUGACCAGGGCAAAUUAUUAAUAUAUUGCCCUAACCUUUGGCUAAUUUCAAUGGCUUCAUAUAAAAGUUAAAUAAUUGCUUUCAGAAAUUAGAGACAUUUAUAAAUAUGAACUACUCAACCAUCUUUUCUGCAGGACAAAUUAUUUUAUUAUUCACUGAGAUGCCAUGCCUCACUGUUUUUCCUCUCAGCCGGCAGUAAUUGGGGAUCAUGGGGAAACAUAAUUUUCCCAACAUCAUUGAACAUUUAUACAAGCAUUUCAAGCAUUUAUACAAGGAUGUCCUACCCUCUGGAUCUAUACUGGCAAAGUUCUGCCAAGUUGUGCAUUUGGAAUUUUUUUGAAAAACAACUGAAAACAUCUGUUCACAAAAGCCCAUGGUCUCUGGUCUAUGUCUGCCAACCUUGGCAAUCUUUUCAUAGUUAUUUUCUGUUCCUGUAUUCAUUUGUUUGUUUUCAUUCUGCAGCGUAGAAGCAGUGCCACUUGACAAUGGAAUAGCUCUGAACUGCUGCUACACCAGUCCAGGAAAUCCACUCACAUGAGAAGGUGUAUCUAAGUUAUUUUGACAGGGGUGAUUUUC